AUGGAAACUAAAAAUCGGUAAAUUUGUUAUUAUUAUUAAUAUUUAUUUAUAAUUAGGUUUAUGGUUCUUCAGAAAAUUAAUUUGUUGUUUGUCUAAAUUACAGGUUAGGUAAUUGCGAAGUUUGCAGUGCCAAUACAGCUAAAUAUUGUUGCCCUAGAUGUGAAGUAAAAACAUGUAGUUUAUCGUGUGUAAAUAUUCACAAAACUGAAUUAGAAUGUGAUGGUCGAAAAUAUAAAACUGGCUUCAAGAAAUUAGAAAAAUUUAAUGACAAUGACCUAAGUCAAGGUACUAUGAAAUCUAAUAGUUCCCACUAUGAUUUCCACAACAAUAAAAAUUAAAUAAUCAUAUUUUCAAACUAAAAACUGCCAAAGAUUUUUAAUCUUGCUAUUAUUUUCAGUUAAUGACUAUUUAAGAUUCUAUACAUAUACAUUUGAAAAAAAUAAGAAAUUGUGGAAGUUAACUAUAUGAACAUAGUUUAAACAUUUAGGUUUUUUAUUAAAAUUGUUUUUUUCUUUUUUUACAGAUUAUAGACUCAUGAACGAGUACAUUGAAGCUAUUGGGGAGUUUAAAAUAAAAACCCAACGUUUAUCUAAUUUAACUCCUGUGAGUUUAAUUAUACUUUAACUACCUGCAUAUUAGAAAUAGCAGUCUGUUUUUAAACUCUUAACAUAUAAAAUUUUGAUAAAUACAGAACAACAAUUACAUAUUGCCACCAAUACAUUUUUAACCAUAGUAUUUCUGCAAAUUAAAACUAUUAGGUUUUUAUUUUUUUAAAUUUCAUUUUAGUUGUUUUCUCACUUAUAAAUUAAAACUGUAUUAGGUUUUAAUACUCAAAUAGAACUAAUAGAACUAAGAAACCUAUUAUUUUAAUAUAUAUAUAUUGCGUAAAUCCAGUAUUGAGUUAAAAGUUUAUAGUUGGGUAUAACUUUUGAAUGAUAAUUUAAUAUAGUUUAGACUAAGAAAAUGGCAACAAUAUAAAUUAAAUCAACUUUUAAAUUACUCUAUUCUAUGUUUUCAAUGUAGACUCAGCUAAAGUACAGUAGAAACUGUUUAUAAUGACAUUUAAGGGACUAAUUGAAAAUUAGACGUAAUUGCCAAUUGUCAUUACCAAAAUGAUAAAAUAAAAUUAAAAAACUUGAUUAUGUAUAUGUAUUUAUAUCAACAUGAUAUUGUAUUACAAUUAAUGGGUCAUAUUUUUUAUCACUAAAUCAUGACUUCAAUAUAUAUAGAAAAAAGUUAUUAAUAAUCAAUACAAAUUUGUAGAUAUAAUUUAGUAGUUUUGGUGGAUCCAUCAAUCUAAGGUUAUUACAACCGGUGUCAUUAUGAGCGAUAUCUUCUGUAAAUACUAUAAUAAACUCCUAACUGUCUAUUAAGUAUCAUUUUCAGAAUGUGAUAUCUUAGGAGAAAUUAAAGUUACAAUAUUUAUCACUAUACAAAUUAUACAAUUAGUUGUUAAUAAAAUGUACUUACAAGUUAUUCACAAAAACAAAUAGAAUAAGACUGUACAUUACUGUAUUAAAAUACAAAAAACAAUUUAAUUUUGAUGAUAAAUGAGUUAAAUGUAUAUUAGAUAUUUAUUAAUAGGUCACUUGUUUUCAGGGAUUUCGAAGACUACGUUAUCAAGCAUAUCAACGGCAUAAUCGUUUACAAAUUUUACCAAAUUCAUCUUUAAAUAAAAAUAAUACUUCCUAUUAUAAUAAUAAACUGAAUAAAAUAUUUUGGCGUAUAGAUUGGACAUUCCAUGGUACAAAUGUUAAAUUAUCAGACCACAAGUAAUGUAUUAUUAUUUUUAUUUUUUAUAGUGCCAAUAUUGAUUAUUUUGUAAUAUUUUACUGUAUGAUUCUCAGAGUCCCAGAGUAUCUAAAGUUCAAAGAUAUUGUGAGAAAAUAUCUUACAACAGAAUUUCAUGAUGACAAAGUAAAUGAAGAAAUGCAAUUUUAUAUUUCUGCUGGAAUUAAAGAAGUAACUUUAUUAAUGAAAACUCCAUAUGGAAAGUGAGUAUAAAUAAGUAUGUUUGUAUUAUUUCAAUUAUCAAAAUAAAUAUAUAUUGUUUAAGGUAUUAUGAAAUUGAUUCUGAAGAUUCAAUCUUAUAUACUUUGAGAUAUAAAUCAAUAUUGGAAUACCCAGAAAUCUUAGUCAUCUUAUCUAUUCAUAAGGAGGGAUUUAGUCAUCUUAUUUAUCAAGAAAAUCCGAUACUUCAUAAUAAUAAACGAAUAAAAACAAAUUAA